GGUCAAAAGAGUAACGGCAUACCAUAAACUUUACUUAUCUCUAUCCUUUUCUUCUGCAUCUGCACUAAAAUAUACUAUUUUGUUGAUUUGUUUUUCUGUUUCUGUCAAUCCUUCCGAAAUUCUGCAGAAAAAAUGUCAAAAGCAAACGCAAAGAACAAAUCCCCCUCCACCGAGCUCCACCCUCCUUACUUCGAGAUGAUUGCGGAUGCGAUAUCGUCCUUGAAAGACCGCACGGGUUCGAGCCAGCCAGCGAUAGCCAAGUUCAUCGAGGACAAGCACAGCAAAGUGCUCCCUCCCAACUUCCGGAAACUUCUCUCCGUUCAGUUGAAGAAACUCGUCAAAUCGGAGAAGCUUUACAAGGUCAAAAACUCUUACAAACUUUCUUCCGCCACGGACAAAGAGACCCAGAAGAAUACCGAAACCGAGCCCAAACAGAAGGUUGAAAAGAAGAAGAAGAAGAAGAAGAAGGUGGGUGAGAAGAUUAAGAGGCUGAGCCAAGUGAAGACACCCGAAACUCUGAAGAAGAAAGCACCCACCAAGAAGGACGCGGCGGCAACUAAGAAGAAAUCUGCGUCGGCGGUGGAAGGUUCAGGAGGAGGGAAAGUGAAGUGUUUGAGUCAGGUGAAGACCCCUGAGGCCUUGAAGAAGAAGAAGCCCAAUUUGACACCCAAACCUUCCAGGCCCAACAGGAAUGCUAGGAAAUGAAACCACCACUUGUGUCGUAUGUAUGUUAAUGCUUUUUUUUUUUUUUUUAAGUUCUGUUGCCUUGAAGUGGAUUAUUGUUAUGAUCAACUUAUAACAGUUGACGAUUGCAAUGUGGUAGUUUCUGCGAUUAUUUAUUCGAUGUGGGAUUUUUUCCUCCUAAUCAUUUUUUUGGGUGUGCGUUUAUUUUAGUUUUAUAUAACACCGGAAAAUGUUCCUGAAA